UGGACCUGGGCCCCACCGCUAAGCCCGGCACGCCGCGGCGUGCAGGAGAGCUGCUGGGGUGGCGGAGCCGCGGCCACGGCCGGGAUGGUGGCGCUGCUCGCUCUGCGCCGAGGAGCUGGGGCUGCGGGCCGGCGCUGGUUUGUGCUGCUACCGCCUCUGCUGCUGGCACUGCUGCUGGCGCGGCCCGCGGGGGCCCUGGUGGAGGGGCUGUAUUGCGGCAUGCGAGACUGCUACGAGGUGCUGGGCGUGAGCCGCACGGCGGGCAAGGCGGAGAUCGCUCGUGCCUACCGCCAGCUCGCCCGGCGCUACCACCCCGACCGCUAUCGUCCAGAGCCCGGCGAUGAGGGCCCGGAGUGGACGCUGCAGAGCGCCGAGGAGGCCUUCCUGUUGGUGGCAACCGCCUACGAGACUCUCAAGGAUGAAGAAACACGAAAAGAUUAUGACUACAUGCUGGACCACCCAGAAGAAUACUACAGCCAUUACUAUCACUACUACAGCAGGCGCUUAGCCCCGAAAGUGGAUGUUAGAAUCGUGAUUUUGGUCAGUGUGUCCGCCAUUUCACUGUUUCAGUUUUUCAGCUGGUGGAAUAGCUACGACAAGGCCAUCAGCUACCUGGCCACAGUGCCCAAGUACCGCAUCCAAGCCAUGGAGAUCGCCAAGCAGCAGGGGCUGCUCAGAAAAGCCAAAGAGAAGGGCAGAAGCAAAAAGUCCAAAGAGGAAAUUCGUGAUGAGGAGGAGAACAUUAUAAAGAACAUUAUAAAAAGUAAAAUAGACAUAAAGGGAGGCUACCAGAAACCCCAGAUACGCGAUCUUCUCCUGUUUCAAAUUCUCUUAGCUCCUGUUAACCUGUGCUCAUAUAUAGUGUGGUAUUGCCGGUGGAUCUAUAAUUUUAAUAUCAAAGGCAAAGAAUAUGGGGAAGAAGAAAGACUGUAUAUCAUACGUAAGUCUAUGAAGAUGUCAAAGUCUCAGUUUGAUAGUCUAGAAGAUCAUCAGAAAGAAACUUUUCUUAAACGGGAGCUCUGGAUAAAGGAGAAUUAUGAGGUCUACAAACAAGAACAAGAAGAAGAGCUAAAGAAAAAAUUGGCCAAUGACGCUAGAUGGAAGAGAUACAGGAGAUGGAUGAAGCAUGAAGGGCCCAGACGGUUAACAUUUGUGGAUGACUAAAGAUUGCUGGAAUGCUACUAUGCCAAACCUUAAUGGUGAUAUUAUUUUCAUAACGGAAUUAUUUUAGAAAUGUUAUCAACUGCUCCUCAGCGGUAACUAAAAUUCCUCAAGUAUUUGAUUAAACAGAAUAAUGAAGACAUCUAAACUUUACCUUAAAACUUUAUACAUAAGACAUUUAUGAUUGUUCAAUUUUUAUAAUCGAUUUGUGGAUUUUGUUAAAAGAUUUGACAUGAAGAUUUAUUAGUUGCCAUUUAAAAAUUUUAUAUGUUUAGUUAAAAAGAUUUGACAUGAAAAUUUAUUAGAUACCAUUUAAAAUUUUUAUGUUAAGUGUUUAUUCUUCAACUGUUUCCUUAUUCUUAGUUAUAGUGCUACAUUUUUCUGCUUUCAUGCCCUCUAAUAUUUUCACAAAACAUAAAAAAUUAUAAUAGCAUUUAAUUACAUUAUUCUGAGUGUCUUUCUAGACACAUACUUCUUCAGCAAAAUGAUUUCCACUAUCAUGUCAUCUUCAUUAUAGUCAUUCUAGGAUUGAAAUAUGUCCAAAACAUCUCUCUAGGAGAGUUGUCUGCUAGAAUGCCUAUUUAUCUCUCUCCCCAGUCAUAAUAUUCUUGAUAAGAUCAGAAACUCUCCAGGAGAGUGAAUCUACCUUCAUGUCCUUGUAGGAUGAACUUGAUUACAGUCAUUAUAGGACUAUAUAACUAUUUUCAAAUGUUUUUCCAGAAGAGAGAGACCUUGUAAAAAGGUCUUUUGUACCACAGUAUUGCUUUUCCCCCCACUUCAAUUAAAAAAAGAAAAAAAAAUGACAGCAGAAAUAGUGUCCUGGAAAGUUGUUCAUAUAUUAUGAAGCCCAUGAGUGGCAAAAAAUUCAUUGUAUGUGAGUGCAUUUACAUGUAUUUAAAGCAGAAAGAAGAGGUGCCUAGCUGUGUGCUGUUCUUUUAAACAAUGCAAUGUAAAUGUUUUAUACGUGUGCAAGUGAAAGUAAUUCACACAUAAUUUGACUGAAGCAAGUAUGAGACCACACCAAAGUAUUGAUACACAUUCAUGAUAGUGAAUCAAUACUCCUGUUAAAGGUUUAUCCCACUGCUUCAUAUCAAUAAAAUGGUUGCAAUAUAUCACAAGUUUGUUGGUAUGACAUUUUAAAUCAAAGAGUAACAUGCUGCUUUUAUAGUAUAUAAUUUUAAAAGACUAGUAUGGAUAGUAGAUAUGCAGAGUCUGUUUCUAGCCAAAGUAAACUAGCCCUUUCAGGAGCUCAGCCCAAAUAUGGGACAUGUACAAAGAGUCAAGAGGGAAGAUUUCCGGCCUUGCUAAUAUAGACAAAGACCUGAGGUGAGGUUUUGAAUCUGUUAUUUAAGAAGUUGCCUCAUGAGAACGUGGUGGCAGGAGUUCAGCCCGAUUAUCACUAGGGACCUUGUGCAGCUCUAACAUUCUGAAAUAUUUGUAUUUUUAUAAACUUCAGAUGAAGUUGUUUUAUGCAUCCAUUCAUUUUUAGAAGGGUGGAGAAAUUACACAACUAAAUUAUCAGAAGCUAUAUUUCAAACCAUAAACGCCCAACUCUUAACUAUAGAUAAAUGCCUUUCAAAGGUGCCACGGUUGUCCGUAGAGUCAGCAGCCCCUGUCUUAGAGUUCAUUAUCACCUAUUUAACACACAGUAAUAUUAAUCUAAGAACAGACGUAUGUGCCACAUGUUAUAAGGACCAAAAAGAAACGUAGGCACUUGCCCCUCUUUUAAAAUUUCAAAAAAGUUUCUGGUACCCUAGGCAUUUUUUACUUAGUGAUAAGGAAAAUAAAGAGGGCUGGGCAUGUUGACAUAAAGGUUAGCUGAUAAAAACAGUGUAUAUUUGGAUAUGAUUUUGCUUAUCUGCUAGAUUGCUGUAUUUCUUCCUGACUUUCUACAAAUUUCGUUUUUGAGAUUGUCCCCAGCAGCCUGCUCACUUGGUAAAAAGUCUGGGUGGUCUUUUGGAAUCAUGGUCAUGGCAUGAGUCAGGAUGAAUGGAUUCUUCCUUAAUGGAAGGACUCUGAUUUUCCUCGCCCCUUCCUUCAGCAAAAUAACUACGCUGCAGUAUCCUAGAGUGAAGGAAGGGCCAUGAGUUUUCACAAGUGUUCACGUAUUCUGGGUAUCUUAUAAUGUCUCCAUACUCUGACCACCCCCCACCCAAAACACAAAAGCUUCUCUAUUUUAGAAAAUCUGGAGAAGAAUCCUGGGUAGAGCAUCCUGCGACCCCACUAGUUGGACGUUUUUUCUUGUGCUUCAUUUUAGGGCUAUCACCAUUUCCUUUUUGCUUGGCAUUCAGGAGUUUAUAGUGCAUAAUGUUCCUUGCUAUUAUCACUUCAUAUAAUUGAGAUUGUGCUAAAAUUACUUAGGGUUAUAUUCAUGUCUACUGUCUUCAUAACAGAUUCCACUACUAACCCUUUCCUCCUUGGUCUUCUUUAUGAAUUCUCCAAAUUCUACAAAUCAUAGGUUGCUGUUUCAAACACAUCUAUUAGUUGGGUACCAACUCUGAAUCUUAAACACGACAAUUGGUAUAUAGAUUUUAAAAUGUUACAUGGAAAAAUAGUUGAGAUUAGAGAAUUAAGUAUUCUAGUACUAUUGAAUUUAUGUUUAGAAAGUCUUAUUUCAUUUUGAGUGUUUUUGGGGGGGAGGGUGGGGGGGUGGACUGAAAGGGCAACAAACUUUCAACCCCCAAACUUUGGAGAUAAUUUUGCUUGAGUGGAAGCCAUUGCUAUGCUAACAUUCAGCUAGUGUUAUGAACUAGUCUGCUGGCCCCAAUCUGAAAGUUCUGUGGAAAUUAAAGAGAAAUGGCUUUUAUUAAUCAUUAGUAUAAAUAGAUCUAGCUGCUUUAAGACAUCAGAUCAGACAUGGUCUCUGUUGAGUUAUAAUUGUGUAUUUGAGGCAGAUAAAUGUUGGUAUUGAUACAAACUAGUUGUGUAUGGAUGAAAUAUAAUUAAUUUUAUUUGCAAAAUGUGAUACUCUUCACAUUCAGUGUGGGCUAAAGCCAAAUCUGGAACCUAAUAACUAAAUAAAAUUUGCUAAACAAGUUA